CCGCCUUACCCCAUUGAGAUGCUGAGCUAUCCAUACCCUGAGGGGUAUACAGUGCCGAAGUUCAUCAAGUUCGAUGGCAAAUAAGGAAAUGCACGAGAACAUGUUGUGCGAUUCAUCGAGACUCUGGGUAUUCAUGGUUCAAACCACGUCCUCCGGCUGAGAGAAUUCUCUAAGUCCCUUAUCGACCGAGCAUAUAGUUGGUAUGUUAAUUUGGCCCCAAACUCUGUCCGAAGUUGAGAGGAAAUGGUUAACAAAUUCCACUCUAAGUUCUUUCAAGUGGCGGAGAAGGUGACCACACUUACAUUGUGUAAAGAGAAGCAACAAGAAAGUGAAGACAUCCUUGACUACGUCAAAAGGUUUCAGGACAAGGCCGUGGAUUGUCAUGAAGCAGUUGAGGAGAGUUAUCUGGUUCAAAUUUGUCUAGAAGGGGCAUUGAGCAGGUACAAAAUGUUUCUAGUUAAUCACAAGCUACCCACCUUCUCGGCAUUAAUAGAAGCAGCUUGGAACAUUAGCAUUCCUCAGGCUCAGGAGUCCAGAUUUAAGGCCAGUUACAAGACUAGCUUCAAAUCGUCUCGUGGACCUAUUGUUGCUACUGCCUCUGCCCCAGAUAACCGAAAGUCACAAGGAGAAGGUCAUAGAGGCCAGAAGAGAAAGCAAUAUAAUGGUGAAAAGGGGAAUGUUUCUUAUCCAUGUGGAAUUUAUCAAUGUGGAAUUGAGGAAUUGAAAGCUCUAGUUAAGGAAUGGGUGGCCGAAAGAGAGCUAAAAUUGCCUUAUGUCGAAGAAAUGCCAUCAAAAAAGGACCGCGAGAGCCCUAAACUUUGUGUCUAUCAUCGUACAUUGAAACAUCCGAUAGAGAAGUGUUGGACUCUCAGGAAAAUCUUUAGAGAUAAAGUUGAGGCAGAGGAAUUGAGGUUCAAAAAGCAAGGGACUCAAGACAUCUGA